AUGAUGGGAAGAUGCUCAAUUUCAUCGUCGUCGAAUACGAAUGAGGUUAACUUGUUCAAGAGCUUGACGGGUAUCCAACAACUUGUAGAAACUCGUCAAUUCAAGGCAUGGUUCUUAGAUCAAUUUGGAGUCCUUCACGAUGGGAAACAACCGUACCCGGGUGCAAUUUCAACAUUAGAAAAGCUGGCAACCAGUGGUGCCAAGAUGGUGAUUAUUAGUAAUUCCUCAAGACGCGCAUCAACAACCAUGGAAAAACUGAAGAGCCUUGGAUUUGACCCCUCUCUCUUUGUGGGAGCCAUCACUAGUGGAGAAUUGACAUAUCAGCACCUUCAGAGGAGAGAAGAUGAUUGGUUUGAAAAAUUAGGAAGUUGUUGCAUUCACAUGACCUGGAAUGACCGGGGUGCUGUAUCACUGGAGGGCCUAGGGUUACGAGUCGUGGAGUAUGUUGAAGAAGCUGAGUUUGUUUUGGCCCAUGGAACUGAAGCUUUGGGGCUUUCUUCUGGUGCUGCAGUUCCCAUGAAACUUGAGGAUCUUGAGAAAAUAUUAGAGCAAUGCGCAGCUAAAAGAAUCCCUAUGGUGGUAGCUAAUCCCGAUUUUGUGACUGUUGAGGCUAGAGCGCUGCGUGUCAUGCCAGGUACACUGGCAGCGACAUAUGAGAAACUGGGUGGUGAAGUAAAAUGGAUGGGCAAACCUGAUAAGAUCAUAUAUAAAUCAGCUAUGGCGAUGGUUGAUGAGGAGGCUUCUGAUUGUAUAGCUGUGGGAGACUCUCUCCACCAUGACAUAAAGGGUGCUAAUGCUGCUCAAAUCUGCUCGGCGUUUAUCACUGGUGGGAUCCAUGCAACUGAACUUGGUCUUGGUAAAUUUGGAGAAGUUGCAGAUCAAUCUUCUGCUCAUGCUCUUUCAAAGAAGUAUGAUGCUUAUCCAUCAUACAUAUUGCCCUCAUUCACAUGGCUUUCGUUCUGCCUGGCUUUGGUGUGUGCAGUCGAAGAUCAAUGUGCCAUUGAAGACCAAGGUUUCACUGGGAACCCUAAUCUCAACGAAGAAGAAGACUCCAACGGGUUGGGUCAGAUUGGGUCAAGUCCAAGUCCAGUGGUCCAACCCAUGGUCUGGUUCAGUCUGUAUCACGGUCCAGAGCCCCUAGCCGGUCCAGUUUUGUCUUCCAGAGGGUCCAGCUGA